UCGUCGGACAACAAUAAUGUUUAAACAGAGUGCGAGCUGAUUUGUUUGGUAUUAUUUGUAACCGUUUUGUGCUCGGUGCUCUGUUCUCUGGCUGAACACAUUUUUCGUUGGCCAACCGUCGUGCAGUGUAUGUGUUUUUUGUUUCUACUCUUAUUUUUUUUCUGCUGUUCAUCUCACUUUGAGAAUUGCUCUCGAUGAAAUUCGCAUUGAACAAGCAAAACUCCGAAAGAAAAUCAACGAAAAGACACUGAUGUGACCGACAAAAUAGACGAAGAAAGAAAAAAAAACCGUCGUUAUUGAAAAACCGAUUUGUUGGCAAUUUUUGAAGAACAUUUAAUUUUGAAUAAUUGGCGAGAAAAAAUCGUUUUACUUAACUCAAAAUAAGCAUGUUAGUUGACAAUAAACGAAACGAGAAUCGAUUUUGAUAGCCCGCCGUGUGUGCCGAUACCAUGAAGUGAAGUUAAAUGGUCCAUUCAAGUGUUAAAUAAAGAUAAUAUUUUUCGGUUGGAUAUCGAACGUAAACGGAAAAAAUUUAUGAUUAUUACGUGGAAUCGGAACAGGAAAGUGCAAAAGAACAAAAAAAAAAAAAUACAAAACCACCAACCGACGUCAGGAUAAAAACACUGGUGUUAAUUUUUGUAUGAUAACUCGCGUGCGACAUAUACAGAAAUUUCUGGUUAUAAAAAGAAAUAUACAAUUUUUUUUUCGUUGUUUUAUUUGUCUGGAUCGAUACAUUGUUUUGUGUUCUGGUUUCGCACAACUUGGUGCUGUUCAUUUGAGUUUUGAUUUUGUGAAUUUCGUUAGCUGGUUUUUUUCUUCUCUGUUUCGGAUGAAAGAAAGAAAACAAAAGAAGGAAAAAAAACUUAAUUCGAUUCGGAUUUUACCAUGCAUUCUCUCUUUUGCUUACCAAGAUCGAUUCACAAUGUUCUAAUUAACUAGUGACGAGAACCAAAAACAAACGAACUAAGGAGUUUAGAGUUUGAAAAAAAGAAACAAUUAAUGACAAACGAGAAAUAUUUUUCGUUUCGUGUUGCUCGAUGAAUCGUUUGAAGAAAAACAAAAAAUUGUACAAUCAUUAUCGAUAGAAUUUGAUUGUCAACAACGCAUAUACAACAACGCCGCACUAUCGCGCGCGCGCUCAAGCCGAAAAUAACGAAUUACAUACAUACACACACGAGGUAAUAAUUACGAUAAAGUAAAAAUGAAUAAUCAUACGAAUGACACGAGUAGCCGACAAUCAUCAAAUUCAUCACAUCAUCAUCGUCAACCGAAUGGCAUCCACCAUCACAACAGCAAUGGCAGCAGUCAUAAAAGCAAUUCGCUGAAUCCAAGCAUUUGGACAACAAACACAUCGAAGUCUAGUUCAAAAAGUAAUUUUACAUCCGGCUCAAAUGAUUUUCAUUUCAUUCAAGCAAGUGAUAUCAACACAACAAAAAGCAGUGAUGUACAAAAUGGUUCGACAGCCAAAUUAUUACCAUAUGGCGAUGACCAAUCGAAUAAUCAGUCAAAAUGUUCGAUAUUUCGUGAUGUGAUGUUAUGCUUGUGUUUAAAUCUAACAUAUUCGAAUGUUGUACGUUUUCCCCGAGAACUAGAUCGGCAUGGUGUCGCAUUUUUGCUACCAUAUUUAUUGCUAUUUCUUUUGGUUGGUAUACCAAUUAUACUGUUGGAAAUAGCAUUAGGUCAAUUCUUGGGUCAAGGUUCAGCUCAUUCAUGGCGUGCAUCACCAAUUUUUCGCGGUGCAAGCAUUGUGGGCCGUUUUGGAUCAUGGAUUGGAACAAUAUCGAUAUCGUUACAAGGUGCUUUGGGGAUGGUGUACAUUGGAGAGAUUUUAUUGAAAUCUGUGCCAUAUAGUCAAUGUGUAAACACCUAUGAUCAUACGCCAUUAAAAGGACAGGCAUGCAUGAAGGAAACGUUUCUGACACCAGUUUGGGAGAAUACACUGUACUUUGCGUUGAUCUCGAUGAGUCUUAUCGUUGUAUGGACACUUGCUGCAGCAUGUACGUAUAGCGCCAAAACGCUACGUCGAUCGAUAAUUAUUGUUGGGCUGGUGAGCUUGGGGUUAUUAAUUUUUGAAACCGGCUGGGAAGCCACAAAAGCGGUGAACAGUGAAAAAGACCUACCAAUUCCGAUAACAUCGAUAACCAUCGAACAUAUAUUGCCAAUAAACAGUGACAUAUGGUAUGAUGCACUUGUCCAAGUAUUACUAUCAUCCAAUAUUGCGAUUGGUGUGUUGCCGAUCGUCACUGGGAAAUUCAUAUAUAAAGGAGAUGCCGUCAGGACGUCAUUGGUAUACAUAAGCUUCAAUGUACUGGUGCUAAUACUAUCGACAACAUAUUUUCUGAUUCAAUUCAACAACACAAAUACAUUGAAUUCUACAUUGAUUGUGCCCGAACUGAAGACGUUUACAUCCGUCUAUGAUAAUGCACUUGAGUAUGUUAAAGAUGAAGAGACACCGAUGUUGACGGGAAUUGCGUAUACAAUGAUCGUAUUGAUAUCAAUUAUAACGAUUGCAUUGCAAAUUUACACAGCUGCAAGACUAAUACGACGGCAUCCGUGCUAUGUUAUGUGUGCGACCGGAUUGAUUGUUGCUAUAACUGGAUUAUUGUGUCCGGAUUAUAUAGUAAUGCGAUUGUUUGACAUGCGUAUCGUUGGUGCAUUCAUUUUGUGUGCGCUAAUCUUUGACCUUAUUUCGAUAACAUGGAUUUAUGGUGCUAAAAAUAUAUACACCGAUAUUGAAUUCUCGGUGGGACGUCCCAUUUCAAAGGUGUGGGUAUUUCUUUGGUGCAUAACACCAAUUUUACUGGUAUCCAUGUUAAUUUGGUGGGCAAUUGAUUACAAUCCUAAUGAUUUAUUGAUCGAUUUUGUACCAAAAUGGUUACCGAUUGCAAUUGCAUUGGGUAUUAUUGCGUUUUUAGCCUUCACCGAGGUGUACAAACAAGUCGAUUACAAUUGCUGCAGUAUGAUUCGUGAGGCUGGCAUUUCGUCAAAAGAUUGGGGACCAGCCGAUCCAAUUGUACGGCAUGCAUGGAAACAAUGGACAGCCGUAUGUGAAGAUACCGGUGAAAAAGAUUUCACAUUACGACGACGUGGUACACGCGAUUAUACGCAUUCAAUAAAACGCAAUCAAUGCUCACACAAACCAAUUAAUUCGGCAUAUUCGGUGGGUAGUGUUGGCAACACAAACACCAAUUAUAUGAUGAAAACAUCAACACUUGGCCGAAAUUCACCGAAUUAUACCGGCUCAAUAUUUGGCGAUUCGGCCAUUGAAGAAGACAUUAGUAUUGGCAAUUAUCCGGUACAAUAUAAUACCGGUACACAACGAAUGAUUGUGCCAAGCAUUCAAGAUGAACGCAUUAAGUCAUCGUCGACAUUGAAUCGAAGCGCAAACAAUGAUCCACGCAAAAUGAUUAUACGAUUGCAACAAAAUUCGGUGCAAGAAAAGCAAAAAAUCUAUGUCCCAGGCAUACAACAUACAUCACAGCCAUCGACAAUGGAACGUGAUAAAAGUCGAAUUGCGGCCAAAAUAAAUGGCACCAUACCAGACUAUAGCAGUCGAAUUAUUAUAAAUGCACCAACUCAACGCCAUUCAAUCAUCAGUCCAAAUUCAUUAACAACAUCACACGACACCGAUAAUAACAAUUACAGCAGCCUUCGACGAGCAGAGAAUGCAAAUCACUUACCACCAUCAUAUCUGAAUAAUCAUGGACCUGAACAUAUUUGCUGGCGCAAAUAUACAAAUAAUACCGAAGAAUUUUCCACGGAAUUAUAGUGUAUAGUUAAAAAGAGAAAAUUUAUAUUAGAUUUAAUAGAAAUUGAGAGAGAAAGAAAAAAGAAAUAAACAAUUCAGAAAAGAAUGAAAUUUAGUUAAGAAAAAAUUUCGAUUAUUAUUACAAAUUUACAACAUAUGUAAAAAUAGAUUGCGAUAAUAAAAGUUGAAGAAGAAUACCAAAAACCAAGCUCAAAUAUAAGACAUACACACAGAUAAGGUGGUAUUGAUUUAAUAAGCGAUAUAUUAUUAUAAAUAGAAUAAGGAAGAUUUACUUGUAGAAAAAAAAAUCAAGAAACAAGCGUCAACAUCUUAACACCACAUCGGUGAGAUUGGAUAUUGAGAUUGCGGAGAACGACACAUAAAGCGCAGAUGAGCAAAGGAAAAUAAUAAUAACGGAGAGUACUGAUAAGAUGUAACUAGGAAAAAAAACUAAUUGAAAAACCUCUAGAA